ACCUAUUGCCAGCCUGAUCAUCUCCGCUCUAACGGAUACUCCCUUCGGAUCCGAAGAUCAAGCAGAGGGCGUCUCAACUGUCUUAACUCGAACACACAUACAUUCGCUCGAUACAGCACAGCCUGUCGACUCGAAGGGCAUUCGGGGGUGACCUUCUCAGAGGUGGUCGCAUUCAUCACGCGCACUCCUCGAUCAUGACGUUCAAUAUCAUUUCACCAUUCACCUCCCCGUCAACAUCGCCAGAAGCAUCAUCAUCACCAUCACCAUGCAGCUCGAUUCCACCGAAUUACAACUCUACCUCGCUCCUUAUCGUGGGGGAUUAGCCCUGUUGGGCGUGUCGUUGGACCGAGCAAGGGAUCGAUAUGCAGGAGACGUACGAAAUCCCUCGUCUCCACUUCACAUCACGCUGCUCACGGCAGCUGAAUACAAGUCUCUCGGUCGACCAAACGUCAAUGAGAUCGCUGGUGAGAUCCCGUUGAAUCACGUCUACGCCCUAGGGGAGGCCUCGGCCAGUCGAUCAGGAUCAGGCUCAUCUGUACACUGGAUCGUUGUCAUAUGGAACCAUGCGAAUGCUUGGCGUAAGACCAAGGGUCUGCAAUCCAAAGCAUUCCAUAUCACUCUCAGCGACGAGGAUGAUCACUCGGUCGAUAAAAGUGUGCAGAGUCUGAUCAUCCGAACGAAGAAAGCCACAGAGCUACAGGACUCAGUCGAAAACCUUGGUUUGGAGGCGAUGGAUCAUGUUGUCUUAGCUUGCGAAGGAAGCGCCGAUGUAACAUUUGCCACUUUGCUGGCUGAGCGUAUGAUCAUCCUUGAUCCAAAUUCCUUCAAAGGCUAUGUACGACUGGGAGAUCUCGUUCGAUCGACGAAUACAAAGCUUUCGAUGCUCGCUUAUGCUCGAGCUGUCCACUUGAACCACUCCACCUUGCUCACUCCCAUCUCGUCCCGUAUUCGUGCCAUGUCCUCGCAAGUACCAUAUGGACCGAUCACCACGCCUCAGGAAUACGAUGAUGUGCCUCCAUCUCUCCGUCAUCUACUUCUCGUUCGAUUCCCGAGAUGCCUCGAUCAACGUCUAUCUGAUCAACUCUGGACGACACCCAUCGAUCCUCGCCAUCGAUGCACUUUCAUGUCCUACGAUCUUCCCCGUUACUUUUCAUGGGUUUAUCCGGGACGUCUGGCAGGUAUGUCCACGCCCCGACGAGAAGCCGAUAUCGACACGCUCAUCGAGAUGGGCAUGACCCACGUACUGAGCCUGACGAAAGAGGAGCCAUUGGACGAAAAGUGGUUUCGGCUCAAACCUUUAAAACACAACUUCAUCCCGAUCGACAACUAUGGUACGCCGACGAGGGAAGAGAUGGACAUCGUGUAUGCGCAGGUCCAGGACGGUGGCACAUGGCUCGUACAUUGUGGUGGAGGCGUCGGUAGAGCCGGGACCGUUCUGGCCUGCCUCAUUGGCAUGUUCGGCAAGGACGCCAGGCACGGAGUUGAGAGUGAUUCUCAUUCACCUAGGCUCGAUGCCAGGGAAGCCAUCAGGUCGCUUCGCCUCAGUCGCCCCAAAUCCCUCGAGUCAGAACGUCAAGAGACGUUCGUUCAAGAAUGGAUCUCACAUCGAUGGAAGCUGUCCUACACCGCUGCCACUCACGUUUCGGAACCAGUUUCUCGCUGUUCAGUCCAAUUCAAGGCUGGUGUGACGCCUACUUGUCUCGCUCACUCGACAGCGUACAUGCUUAUCGGUCGUCCUGGUUCUGGAAAGUCUUGGCUAUCCACAGCUAUUCUCAAACGAAGACCACAGGGAACCACCAUCAUUGUCAGUCAAGACGAAUCUGGAUCGCGGGAACAAUGCGAAAGAGUGUUUGGUCAGAAACAUAAUGAAGACACGCUCGUCAUGUUGGACCGAUGCAAUCCCACGAUCGAAGACCGAAAAACUUGGAUAUCUCUCUCCCUCACGCAUCACCUCGUCGCUAUUUACUUCGACUACCCCCUCGAGCUCUGUCAUCAACGAGUCAGCUCUAGACUGGAUCAUCCGAGAAUUCGUGCCGGGCGAGGCGCCAAUGCUCUCCAACAGAUGGAUCGACAGAUGCAAGCGCCGACUCUGGAUGAAGGCUUUUCAGCCAUAUACACCAUCACGAGCUUUUUGGCCGCUCGUCAAGUCGUCUUUCGGAUCUGUGGUGAUCCACCGUUGAUCAAAUUCCCUCGGACACCUCACUUGCUCGAUCUAGGAGCGACCACUUCCGACGACAUUGUCAAGGCUGAUUUUGGCAUUCUCCGGGCCCCUCUGACGAUUGAAGAAAAGAUCGAUGGAGCGAACAUGGGAUUCUCACUGGAUUGGGACGGCGCCAUCCGAUGUCAGAAUCGGAGUCAUUGGGUCAGUUCGGCGGAUCACGCCCAGUUCAGACCUCUGGAUGGGUGGAUUCGAGCCCACGAUACAGCGCUCAGGCGGAUACUCGAUCAAGACCAACAUUUCCCCGAACGAUACAUCCUCUACGGUGAAUGGAUGGUCGCGAGACAUUCGAUCCACUAUACGUCUCUGCCUGACCACUUUAUCGCUUUCGACCUGUUUGACAGACUCGAGGGGACGUUUCUAUCGCGCCAACGGUUGACCAUGACUCUUCAUGAUUCUGGAAUCGCUCAAGUCCCAUUGAUCGCCCAAGUCGAUCAAGUGACUCAAUCACAGGUGUUGGAUAUCCUCAAGCGGCACAGUACGUGUAGCGACUCCCCAAUCGAAGGCGUGUAUAUCCGGACGGAGGACGCGGAUCGGCAUUUGACCAUUAGACGCGGGAAGGUGGUCAGAGGCGAUUUCAUAUCGGGUAACGAACACUGGACACGGGGGAUCUUGACGUAUAAUGUGGUGUCUGAGGUCAGCUCGUGAGGCCAGACGGGUUGGUUAUGCAGACGUCGUGGCCUGGAUCCGUGCGGAGGCUGACACCCAGUGGUGGAUCGAUUGCACUUAUGAGUCGACUGCCACAAGUGUAAGCAAGCCACAAUCACCGGAGAUGUCCUCCAAUGCAUGUCUGCUGAGACACUUUUGAGCACGUCUAGGGGUUUAAACCAUGCA